AUGGCUGCUAUUGAGAAAGUUAAAGUCGUCGUCCUUGGUGAUUCUGGCGUGGGUAAAACUUCACUCACUUACUUGAUUGCCCAUAAUAAGCCACUAGUAUCACCAGGAUGGACUGUCGGCUGUUCCGUAGAGGUAAAACUACACAGGUACAAAGAGGGAACACAGGCACAAAAUACCUUCUUUGUGGAGCUCUGGGAUGUUGGAGGCUCAAAUGGACACAGAAAUACUAGGAAUGUUUUCUAUCAGCCUACACACGGUAUUAUUUUGGUUCACGAUUUGACCAAUAGGAAAAGUCAAGUGAAUUUACAAAAGUGGCUAUCUGAAAUAUUAAAUCAAGAUAGUUCGAAUCCGACACAGCAACAUGUUGAUGUGGAUCCUGAACAAUUUUUAGGUUCUACUCAGAUUCCCAUAUUAGUAAUUGGUACAAAAUUUGAUUUGGCAGAAGAGAAACAAAGAAAAAAUCAAUACAGAAGAUUGGCAAGCAGUAUAGCUGAGCAAUGCGGUGCAGACGAAAUCUUUGUUAACUGUCACCAAACUAGGUCUCUAGCGCCAGCAACGAGUAAUUCCGUCAAGUUAACUAGAUUUUUUGAUAAGGUAAUAGAGAGGCGAUAUUAUUCAAGAGUAAGCCCGUUUGCCGACAAAAGGCGUAUACCACCAUAUAUAAUGGCAACAUCGACGCCUCUAUCAAACAAUAGGCCUUCUCAGUACAUGAGCCCGCGAUUCUACCACAUGGACUGA